UUCGCGUCGAGCGUUCAACCAGCUACAAUGUUUUAGUUAAUUCUCGCGAGUAUUUUAAUCGGCCAUUUGGAGCGGGCUAAAGACAGAAACGUCCAUUGGGAGUCGCAUGACUCCCAUUGCCCACAAUAUUCUUGGCCUAUCUAAUAUAUAAAAAUAAGUCGGAUUUUCCUUCCUGACGCUAUAACUCUCCGAAAAAUUCGAACCGGAACGUUUCUCCCGAGAAAGAAACGACGGAAAGAAGCCAUUUGCAUUUAUUCCGUUCAGUGCCGGCUCAAGAAACUGCAUCGGACAUAAAUUCACCAUGUUGGAACUAAAAACACUUCUCAGCACGAUUUUAAGAAACGUUGAAGUGAAACCUGCUUCACCAGUUCACAAACUUUAUCUGGUCCCGUCCAUUGUAUCAAAGUCAACCAACGGUAUUAAAAUCGCUGUGGCCGAGCGCAAAUAUAAAUAAAAACAUAAAUGUAAAUAAUAAUUAAACACGUAGACAUCAAGGUCAUACUAAGUACUAAUCGGUGUUUUUGUAACUUUAUAAUGAUGUAAUUAUGAUGACAAGCCAAAUAUACACUUGAUAUAUCAUUAUCUCGAUGGUUCCAGACUAUUAUUAGCUAAUGUUCAUCAUGAUAUUGCAUUUUGUACAAGUAUCACCACACAUGUAACGUAAAACUCGUUUUUUCGGUGUGUUUACUAUUUCUACCGCUAUAUACUCCAAUAAAUUCAGUCUGUGUAUGGUAUUCAAAGCGUAACCAUGUUUUUACUAAUCGUGUGCAGUAUCCUCAUCGGAAUAGUUGGUAUCUGGUAUUAUAACUACAGUUAUUUCCAUGGAUACCUUAAAAAGAUCCCUUCGCCUAAGUUUUGGCCGAUUUUGGGCAACGCGCUGGAGUUUAGUGACACUGGAAAGUUUUUGGAGAAAGUGACUGGGCAUAUGAAUACAUUAAAGACAAAAUCACUGCGUGUACACUUCGCGACACAAGCUAUAAUCGUCACGAAAGAUUACAACUUGAUUGAGCAUGUUUUGAGCAGUAAUAGUUUAAUCAACAAAGGAUUUCAAUAUGAUUUCUUUCAAAACUGGGUUGGGUUGAGUGUAUUCACGAGUUCCGGUCAGCAAUGGCGCAGUAAGAGGAAGAUGUUGACACCGACGUUCCACUUUCAGAUUUUGGAGGAUUUUGUUGAUGUUUUUAACAAUAAUGCGGUUAUUUUGGCGAACAGAUUGAAGAAACAAGUUGGAGUGAAGAGUUUUGAUAUUUGUUCAUAUGUUACACUAUGUACUUUGGAUGUUAUUUGUGAAACUGCAAUGGGGACUUCAAUCAACGCCCAACUAGAAGAAUCAUCCGCUUAUGUACAAGCAAUCAACAGAAUGGGAAAAAUUGUCCCAAUGCGCGUGGUUAACCCUCUCCUACAUUCAGAUUUUAUUUACCGCUUCUCUGCUUUGUAUCGUGAAGAAAAAGAAGUUUUAAAAAUUGUUCAUGGAUACCACUCGAGUAUAAUUCGUAAUCGUCGACAGGCAUUCAUAGAACAACAAAAGAACAAACAAGUUAAUCAAGAUAAACAAAAUGAUGAUAUUGAUAUAGGUAGAAAGAAGAAGGUACCUUUCUUGGACCUAUUGUUCCAAACAACUACAACUGAUGGUCAGCCUUUAACAGAUGAUGAGAUUGCUAGUGAAGUUGCUACUUUUAUGGUUGCUGGUCAUGAUACUACAUCUGGCGCGAUGAGUUAUGCACUGUAUCUUCUUGGAAACAACCCGGAGGCACAACAAAAAGCUUUCGAAGAGUUGAGGGAUAUCUUCGGCGAUGAUAAGACACGUCAUUGUACGUUAACUGAUAUUAAUUCAAUGAAAUAUUUGGAGUUGGUGAUUAAGGAAACUUUGAGGUUAUAUCCCUCAGCACCGGUUUUCACAAGAAAGAUUCAGGAGACAUUUACAGUUGAUGGAAUUACUUACCCAAAAGGUACCACGAUUGGUAUAUUUGCUUAUGGUAUCCAUCGUGAUGAAGAACACUACAAGAAUGCUGAACAGUUUGAACCGGAACGUUUUUCACGAGAGAAUAACGAUGGAAAGAAGCCAUUUGCGUUUAUUCCGUUCAGCGCUGGUCCUAGGAACUGCAUCGGGCAAAAGUUCGCCAUGUUGGAGUUGAAAACUCUCUUGAGCACGAUUUUAAGAAACUUUGAAGUGAUACCGGCAAUACCACAUCAUAAACUGAGUUUAACCUCCAACAUUAUACUUAAGUCCGAGAAUGGGAUUAAUAUCGCAUUGGCAGAGCGUAAAUAUUAAGAUAUAGUCACUAUUAUGUAUAAAUUGAAUGACUGAAGUUUUAAAACUAAUAAAAUAAUGUAAUAAAUGUAAAAAGUGAAAGAAAAUUGGAAAUUAAACAGCUGGGAGAGUGCAGGUUGACAUCAUAGACAA